AUGGCUUCAUCAAGAACCCCAGUGAGCUACACCGAUGCGGCUCGAUGGUAUUGCAUCAUAUUCCUUUUUCUUAUUGUGUUACUAGGUUCUUUAACCGCAGAAAACUCUCUUAUGGAUAAAAUGAAUCCGGAGGUGGGUUCAACGUGUGACGAGAUAUAUGUCGUUGGAGAAGGUGAAACGCUACACACCAUCAGCGAGAAGUGCGGUGACCCCUUUAUCGUCGAAGAAAAUCCGCAUAUUCAUGACCCGGAUGAUGUGUUUCCUGGGCUUGUCAUCAAGAUCACCCCUUCUGGUCCCCUUCAUAACUUCUAA